GAAAUGACACCGUGGGAAAGCUGAGCGCUUCAAACGGAGGUGCUUCGAGCAAACCUGUGCAGACGCACGUCUGGAAGACACAACAGGAACACUGAAGGACUAUUGUGGACCAGUCAGAAUGAAAAGGAAUCACGAUUUUAGCUCCUCGGACAGCGAGCUGGAUGAGACUAUUGAAGUGGAGAAGGAGAGCGCGGAUGAGAAUGGGAACAUGAGCUCUCCCCUCGGGUCCAUGUCCCCCACAACAUCUACUCAGGUGCAGGCGAGGAAAAGGCGUCGAGGAAUAAUUGAGAAACGACGCCGUGACAGGAUCAACAACAGCCUCAGUGAGCUCCGCAGACUGGUCCCCAGCGCCUUUGAGAAACAGGGUUCAGCCAAACUGGAGAAAGCAGAGAUUUUGCAGAUGACUGUUGACCAUCUGAAGAUGCUUCAUGCUGCUGGAGGCAAAGGCUAUUUUGACGCCCAUGCCCUGGCGAUGGACUACCGUGGUUUGGGUUUCAGGGAGUGCCUGGCUGAGACGGCCCGCUAUCUGAGCAUCAUCGAAGGCCUGGACGGCACAGACCCUCUGCGUAUCCGUCUGGUCUCCCACCUCAACAACUACGCCAGUCAAAGAGAGGCUCACUCUGGCCUGAGUCACCUGGCGUGGGGCUCUGCGUUCGGAUCCCCUCCUGCCCACCUCACCCACCCUCUCCUCCUCCAGCACCAACAAGCUGCACCGUUGGCACCUUUACCCCGCAGCGCCACCAGCAGCCCGCAAACUCCUCUCUCAACUACGUCCACCUCUUCCUCCUCCUCUUCUUCUUCAUCCUCAUCAGCUGCAGAGACUCACGUCCCAGGCAGGCGCAGCGGAAGCGCCACCCCUCACUCAGAUCAAGGCCCGAUCCGGGUUCCUCCCACCUCUGCGGCUCCCACCACCGUCCAACUCCCCGCCUUGGUCUCCUCAUCAGCAUCCAAACUCUCCCCUCCUCUUCUCUCCUCUCUCUCAGCGUUCCCCUUCCCCUUCAGCGCCUUCCCGAUCAUCUCCCCCACCACCGCCAUCAGCGCCCCAGUCCCAACAUCCAGUGUGGGCAAACCCUACAGACCCUGGGGUAUGGAGAUAGGAGCGUUCUGACUGAGAUGAAAACCUCAACACACUCAUAUAGACUCAACUCACUACCCAGCUGAGCUGGACCUUUAAGGACAAGACUUUUUAUUUUCCCAGCUAAGAAAGUACUAUUUUUUCUAUGACGUCCCACAGAGGAUACACCUAGCUAUAGGAUUUUUAUUUUCUUGCUAAUGCCUUGUGUUUUGUAUAGACGAGAGAGAAACAGUGAGGAGGGAGACCGCGACUAAAGAGCAACAAGAGUGAUUUAUUGUGAUUGAUCUCUGCUCCUGCCCACCGCUUUAGAAGUUUCACCCACUGUUGUUAGCCUAUCAGGAAUGGCUUUUCCAGAUGGUCAAGCAGUCGCCGCCCGUCAAGUUCCUGGGCGAAACUGUCCCCCCUUUGUUUUCCCUCUGCGCUGAAACACCCAGUGUCAGUGCCCUGGUUACAUACAGAGGGAAGGGGGUGUGAAAGGAGGGCUCGAGGUGGUUGAGAGUCACCCCCUUUUUACAGCAUUUUAUGGGGUGGAAUAACCGAAACCAGGUGUUUGUUUGACGAAACACUGGGAACAGAAGUUAGCUACCAGCUUGGUUGAAAUAAACAUGAUUUACCCACGACCUCUGAUGUUCCUUUGGUGCUUAAUUGUUUAAGCCUGCUUCCCUAAGUUAUGUUUCCUCUUUACAGUACAUUUUGUCGUAAACAGCCGAGGCGUCACAUAUGUUUUACCACUUACCACCUGUUCUGCUUUUUUUUUCAUUCCUCAUGUAAGUGAUGCUCGGGUGAUUUUUAUCACCUUGUCUACAAGUUAUUUUUGUGUGUCUGUUCACAGUAGCAGAUCUGUAAUUAUCAAGAGGGAGCUCGUUUGUAUCCGUCACAGUAGUUGCAGUAAAACAAGUCAAGGUUUCCUGCUUUCCACCUGAUGUUUUGGUGUCUCCUGAUAAACCUCACCGUGAGUUUGUAUAUUUUAUGGUUGUACAAAGCACAAGCAAGCACUGACAAAUCAGAUUUUCAAAGUAGUUGCUGGUGGUAAUGACAAUGACAACUUCCCUGUAAUAAAAGAGUUCUGUUAAA